UAUUGCUUGUGUUUAUUUCUCAUGGGUACUGCUCUAAAAAUAUCACCAUGCCCUUGUGAUGAUGAUGGGUGUGUCCUGCAGGAUGCUCUAUAACACCUCAAUCCGAGGUCUCUGUGAUGCAUUCGGGUUGCUCCUGAGAUCUUUCCCAAAUUUGAAGCUUGCAAAAGAGCAUUUUAUAUGGAUACUUUGUCCACACCCUCUGUGGAAGAAACCAUGUAUAUGGGAAGUGAAGAGGAAGAAGAAGAAGAAGAAGAUGAGGAGACAAAUGGAAGUGAAGAGGAGGAUAAAGAUGAUUCGCAAACAGAUCAGUCAUCUGUUGGGAAGCAGCAGAGACCAGCCUGGGCUCCAUGUUUCUUCUACAGAGCUGGGAAAGAGGUGUACAACUAUGUCGGCCAGGAGAUCAUCAUUCAAGAGGCUCUGGACUCGUAUGCUGGCAUGAUAUGGCCGGCAGGGUUGGCUCUCUGUCAUUACCUGGACACUCAUCGAGAACAGAUCAAUCUUGUAGAUAAAGCAGUCCUGGAGAUCGGAGCAGGAACCGGCCUUGUGUCUGUCGUAGCAGCGCUCCUUGGUGGCUGGGUCACAGCCACAGACCUACCAGAGGUCCUGAACAACCUGAGGGUCAAUCUGUGCAGAAAUACCAGGGGCCACUGCAGACACACGCCCCAGGUAGCAACUUUGUCAUGGGGCUUUGACCUGGAACGCACUUACCCAUCAUCGGUUUACCGCUACGACUACGUGCUAGCAGCUGAUGUGGUCUACCAUCAUGACUUCCUGGAUGAGCUCCUGGUCACCAUGAAGCAUUUCUGCAAACCGGGAACAACUCUGAUCUGGGCCAACAAGGUCAGGUUUGAGUCUGACUCGACUUUCACUGAGAACUUUAAAAAGGCCUUUAACACAAGCUUAUUGGCCGAGGAUGGAGAGAUGAAGAUCUUCAUGGCAACAAGUAGAGAAGGAGAGGAAUGUUUUAGUGAUGUGGUGCUGGAAGAUCCACUGAGACAGAAGGAGGGGAGAGAAACGAAGGAGGUUGAAGAUAAAGAUAAGAAGAGGAAAGAAGCAGAAAUCCUGUAAUUCAAAAUUCAAUUAAGGUCUGGAACCAACUAUUGGGCACAGUAAAGGCUCCUAAAAUGUAUCUGGAUGCUCCAAUUUGUAACAAUCAUGCCUUCGGACCUGGGCUGGAGGACAUCACGUUUGUGACAUGGCAAAGAAGAGGGAUUUGUUCUCUCAAAGAUAUUUACAUUGAUGGGCAUUUUCCAUCUUUUCAGCAAUUGAGGGUGAAAUUUAAUCUUCCUAAUUCACAUUUUUUCAGAUUUUUACAGUUGAGACAUUUCAUCAAAGCAUCUAUUCCACAAUUUGAUUUGAUUCCUCGAAACUCAGUGCUUGACAGCUUCGUGUCAGUUGAGCCCUACACUAGAGGUGCUGUGUCUCGCUUUUACAGGGCCUUACUAGAUAUAUACAGUCCUUCAUCUGAUACUUUUAGGGAGCAGUGGCAGGAAGAACUGGGGGUGGAUGUUACUGAUGAUGUUUGGCAAGAGUGCAUUCAGAAUAUAUAUUGUAGUUCUAUAAAUGCUAGACAUAAUCUGAUCCAAUUUAAGGUUGUGUAUAGGUUGCAUUUUUCUGCUGAUACUUCUCUGCUGGAAGUCUGAUAAACCUCCUACCUUCGAAAUGUGGUUGAGGGAAUUUGGAAAUGUACUCCAUCUGGAGAAAAUCAGGUUUACCUUGUCUAACCGAGAGAGAGUGUUUUAUAAGAUUUGGCAACCAGUCAUUAGCCUGAUGGAUAAACUUAAGUGAAAUGUACUCUGUUUUAACAUUUAUAUACGCUGUAUUACCACCUUGUUGACUUGCUGUCCACCUUCUAUUGUGUUCUCUUGAAGGUGGUUGUUGUAUACUGUCCAAUUAUAAAAUCAAUAAAAAAUAUAUUGAAAAAAAAA